CUGGUAUAGAAAACUAGAUUUCCACGUCCGCAAGCGUUUAGAACGAUUAGCCGUGAGGGACGCAUUGUUGAUAGCGUAUCAGCUGGUGCGGCGCAGUCUGCGAUGGUGAGGCGCCCGGAGCGCAUGCGCGCAGGCCGCGUCCGUCGGCGCACGCGCGUCUAACGUCUAACAUUGCGGAAGUAUGACUUAAGAGUGGAAGAUGCUGUGUGCGAGGAAGUUUAUAAGGACGAAGUAUGUCCUGGCCUGCGUGACGGUGUUCUGCGUGAGCUGGUUCGUGUCGGUGAGCGAGUGGCACCCGGCGCUGCGCUGGGGCGGCCGGCGGCAGGCCAGCAGGCUGUCCACCAUGAGGACCAUCGUGGCCUACUCGGAGGGCAAGCAGGCCGAGAUGGACCGCCCCUCGCCGGUCACGUGCGACCGGCUGCCGGCCUACCCGGAAGUACCCUACAUUAACCGUACAUGGUCACCAGGAGAGCAACCGGAGUCCUCGUGGCAGCGGGUCGCUGGCACCCAAGUAUCGCUUUACGCUGCCUUCUACGACGAGCGGACCCCGCAGCGAUACGUGCGGAUAUUGGCUACUUUUGAAGGUCGAAACUUCCCCACCGAUCAACCACUGUUCUGCCAGACGCGUAUUUUGAACCCUUACGAUGACUCAGUGGAAGUGGUCGCAGCAAAACCAUUGGAAGUCUGGUGGCAUGAGUGGGACGCUACUUCCAUCGGAGUAGAAACACCACUGUUACUCUCUUGUCCUCUCACCGAGCCUCUACAUCGACCCUCCCUCGUAUCCGUCGUUACCCAACCAUGUGAUGAUCCAACUAACGCAUUCUAUUUGGAACCAUCAACAUCAGUCAAACACAAAAGAAAUUUCACGAUAUGCGUCAAAGAUAUGGAUUUCAGCAACGACAUAUCACAGUCACUAGUAGAAUGGAUAGAAACUAAUAAAAUACUCGGAGUGGAUAAGAUUGAUAUUUACAUCGAUAAGCUAGUUAAAACAAGCCAGAAUGUGUUACAGCAUUAUCAAGAUAGCGAUUACGUUAGACUCUUUCAUGUUCCUAUUAAAUAUAAGCCUGAAAGAUCUCUUUGGCAAAGAAGAAGAGACCACAUAAUAACUUAUAAUGACUGUUUAUACAGAAAUAUAAGAGAAUCAGAAUUUGUUAUACCAUUAGAUAUUGAUGAAAUUAUAUUGCCGAAGGUAGCUGAUACCUUGCCAGAACUUAUAGAAAGACUGAAAAAGGUCGGAUGGGACCCAGCCCAUGAUUCAGCAAUCAUGGUGAGAAAUGUGUUCUUUUUUGGCUUCAUGCAAGGACUUGAGAAAUAUAAACACAGAAAACUUCAGUCUAAGAGCAAAAUAUACGUCAAACGUGAUGACGUCCGAAUCAAAGAAGAAGAAGACCUAGGAAUAGUUGAAAUAGAAUUAGUAGAUGAUACGAUUAGUAAUGAAGUCAUAGAUUAUAAACUGAUUGAUAAGGAUUUGCGUGAUUAUUAUAGGUCUAGAUGCAAUGAAGACUUACCGGUACCUAAGUUGGUGCAAUAUAUUGUGAGCUCGGCGAUGGUGAGCCCCGUUGGCUACUACAGUAAGAGUCUGAUGGUGACCAGGAAAGUGCUGACUGCGUUCAACCACUACCCUUUGUCCAGUAUCGGCACUUCAGGGUUCGCCGGUUGGUCAGCUCCGUACAAUGAAGUGCAACUCAAUCAUUAUAAGGAGUCGUGCAACACGACGGUGGUGGCUGAGUGCGCGCGGUACGGGCGGCGCGCGCGCAUAGACCGCGCCGCACUGCGCUUGCGACGGAGGGUCAACACAGCACUUGCUAGCGCCAUCUGCACGUCGAAUACAGAAAUAAAUGCUACCUGAAAAUUUAUUUUUUAUUUUCAGAAACCAUCGUGAGUAAUCAUUUUUCAAAUCAAAUCAAAUCAAAUUCGUUUAUUUGUGGAACAUAGGUAAAUAACAUAUUACAGGUGUUAAAAAUGAAGUCGGUAUCACUAUGUUUGGCCCAAGGUCGGCGUACAAAUUUACAUAACAUCAUUGAGUCGUAUUAGGUUAGUAGAAAUUAAAUAAAAUAAAAAGUAAGUUAGUAAUGUCCAUUACAUGAAAAAGUUAGCAAUAUCAAGUGCAACAUUUAACUGAAGCGAAAGAAUGAAAAUGUCGAAGCUUACGCAACACAGUACAUACAAUAAAAGUAAGCAACACAGCCUACGAUCAAAUUCCAACCAAUAAAUUGUUCCAAUUAUAGGUACGUGAAACACGCUUAUAAUAAAAACAGUGCGCGCCACAAUUGCCGGAAGAAAUUGGUAAAGACUUUCGGCGCCUUCGGUGCGGAAAACUUAUGGCUAUUUCCAAGUACAAAAGCAUAAUACGAGUAAAUAGUAUACAUAUACGAUGCAGACUAAUGAACUGGAGCGAAUACAUCAAUAAACGUCGAUGAACAGCCAAAAUCAGAAUUGAUCUGUAAAGAAAGAUAUUGUAGAGUUUUUG